UCUCGCUCUGUCUGUCUCCCUAGUUCUCGGUUUCUCAGUCUGUCAGUCUCAGUGAGUCGGUUUCUCCCUCCCUUCUGCCUGCUCCCGCCCCCGCCCCUCACCCCCACCCCCCACCCCCACAGUGGCGGCGCCCUUGGCUCUGGUUCCCGAAGGAGCCCCAGCAGCAGCAGCAACAGCAACAGCAGCAGCAGCAGCAGCAGCAGCAGCAAAGGUGGGAGGCAGCAGCAGCAAGAGCAGCAGCAGCAAGAGCAGCAGCAGCAGCAGCAGCGGGCGGAGGAGGGAUGAGAGGUGAGGUCACGUCUCCCCUGAGCCCAGCGCCGGCUUUUCAGAGCUUCUUCUGGAGCCCCCGGCCAGUGUCCGCAGCCUCCGCAGACCUCCUGUCCUGCCCCCGCCUUCUCGGCUUCUCCCAUGUCUCAGCACCGCCCCACGUCGGACUCCAAGCGGGCUUUGGACGGCAGUCCCGAGAACAACAUCGAGGAUGAUGCCCCCGACGAGAACGUCCAGAUGCCCCCCAACUACCUGCUGCUCACCAUCUUCUCCUGCUUCUGCCCCGCGUAUCCCAUCAACAUAGUGGCCUUCGUCUUCUCCAUCAUGUCUCUAAACAGCUUUAACCAAGGUGACAUAGAAGGGUCAAAGAGACUGGGCCGAAACGCCAAGUGGGUUGCUAUUGCGUCAAUCAUCAUUGGCCUUCUGAUCAUCGCCAUCUCUUGUGUGGUCCAUUUCGCGGUAGACGGUUUUUGAUCACCUGAAAGCCUACAACUACAAUGAAGGAUGAACAGCAUCUGAGAGCGGCUGACCAGGAGCUUCUGAAGAGUAGCCCUUCCAUUCAGACUGUCAGAUCUUAUCCUCUCAGGCUUUCCAGAGGCAGGUCCUUGGUGAAUGAGCUAAAAAAUAUCUAAUGUUUAUGAAAUAUGAGGGGCAUGACCAUAUCAUCCAAAGUAUUUAUUUGUUUAAAAAACAAAAACCUUCCAUUUGCCAUCAGCCACCCUGUCCUUUCCUCUUUCACCUCUUCUUCCUCCUCCAUUUCUUCCUCAUCUCAGGUACAGCGGGUGCUGAUGACCCUCUGGAAAUCCUAGUUGCUUUCCAUUCAUGUGGACAAUUUCCUGGUUGUGGGGGGGUCUCAUUUCCUGUAAUCCCCAAGUCCCUAAAUUGAUGCCGUUUAUAAUGAAUGGCAUGCUUGUGGACUCUUUUUGCACCCCCUACACCUAAAAACUCAGUUGAAUCUGUGACUUUUUUUUAUACUCUCCAGCUUCUGCAGACUUACUGUAGUCUCCCCUUUCCUCAGUCUUGAGAUCCUCCACUGAUUCCUGUCCAACUCUCGACCACUGAGGGAGAUCAUGGGUUCCCCUUUGCCAAAUAGGCAGCUCCUUCCUGUGGCUACUUCAACUAUUGGUCAACGUGGUAAUCAGCUACCUUCCUCCUUCAAUAUGCCCUGAGUAUAGUUGGGCCCCCCUCAAAUCUAGGCACUUCUUCAGCUCUUUGCUUCCCUUUUGAAUGAAUGGCUGCUGGUGGAAAGUGCUCUUUCCAUCUCUUCUAUACUAAACCGUUAGCAAGAUUUCCUUAUAUGCUAUCAAAAUGUUGCUACCUAUUCCCAGCUGCAUUUCUUUUCCAUCCCUGGGAGCCCUUUGGAGUCUGAGUGUCCCAACUCAUGAUACCCGUCCUUUUCCUGCCUGCCAGGACAUACCCAAUGGUCGUGUCCAAAUGAAAAGGACUGGGAGAAGGGGGAGAGGGCAGCAUGGUCUAAUUGGAAACAAAGGCUCAACAUCAGCACACUAGUCCUAGCUUUGUCAAUAGUGAGCUGGGGCAAGUCGGGGUCUCAGUUUUUGGAAUCUGAAAAAUGGAGGCGAUCAUGGCUGCCCAACUUGCUUCACAAGGUUAUUGUUGGGCAUCGAGAGAUUUGAAAUCAAUCUGGAAAAUGUAAAGCUUCCUAGAGAGGUUGAUUAAUCAUGACUAGCAAAUCUCAGGCUUUGAUAAAAACCUUGGGUCCUCCUGGGAAGUAAAUGGAUCCCAAAGUUCCAUGAUUGAUUCACUAAAAAGAAACAACUCAAGCCAGCACUUGGGUCAGGUGAGCAUUUGGAUCAGGAACCCACUCUUCACACAAGAGGCGACAUAUUGCCCAUGUCCUCCUUUGAGUCCUUAGCUGCCAUGUUUCUGAUGCCCUGGUGGGUUUUGCUCUGUGUCUUGUUAGUUUGUUUUCACUGCUGACUCUCUUCCUGAUUGCGAUGACAGUGUUGCUGGGAUGCACAAUAAAAGUGAUUUUAACUAAA